AUGGCUGAACUGUGGCUGCCGCCGCUUCAGGCGUCAGGGCCGCAGUCGGGCCAAGAGCCACAUCCAGACUACAUGCCCGGCGCUGCACCGGCCGGAGCUGCUGGGUCAAGCGCGGACCAGGGCGAUCUUGGUGAUUCAGGCAUAACUGUGCAGGAGGCGCUCGAUACGCUAGGGGUGGAUGAGGCGCUCAAUCUCCUGCGACCUCCGGAGUUUGACUUUCUCGACGCGCCACCGCCGCCGCCGGACGGCAAGACGUACUGCUGGGGCGGGAUCCUGGAGGGCGUGGUGUGUCCGAACCACGUCGACAAAAAGCAGUCGGGCAGGGCGUGCUACUACUGCGCCGACCACAAGAAGGUGAAGUUUGUGCGGGUGCCGCUGGAUCGCGUGCGGAUAACGCAUGCGCGCGAUGCAAUGCCUGACUCCUGGAAGGAGGCCUGGACGAAGGCCAAGGACUACACUGCCUACGGCCACUUGAUGCCGUACAAGCUGGUCGCACUGCCGUUAGAGGAAGCGCAGACCGGCGGUGGCGGCGGCGGCGGCGGCGGCGGCGGCGGCGGGAGAGGCGGCGGAGACGGAGGCGGCGGCGGCGGCGAUGGCCGCGGCGGAGGCGGCGGCGGAAGCAGCGGCAGCGGCAGCGGUGGAAGCGGCGGUGGCAGCGGCGGUGGCAGCAGCAGCGGCGGCGAUGGCGGCGACGGCGGCAUCGGCAAGCUGUUCAACGCUUGCGCGAGGAAGAAGCCGGGGCCCGCGCUCCUUGUCACUCCCCAUGCCUGCGGCGAGGCGGAUGUGCAAGCGCUGAUCGACGGGGGGUGCCCGGCGUCAUGGUUUGAGGGCGGGUGCUUGGUUCUCGUAUGGGGCGGGAGUGCGCGCGACUUGCAGCCGCGCGACGAGGCGGCCGGCUCUCACAGGUCUGCGCAAACGGACGGCGCAGGCCCGAGCAGCGCAGGCCAGGCGGGCGGCGGCGGCGGCGGCCGCGGCUCGGCGAGGCAGCCCGGCGGGGGCAAGCGCAAGGCGCCAGCCUCAAAGGCGCGAGCCAAGCGCGCCCGGAGGAGCGGCGGCGGCGGCGGUGGCGGCGGCGACGGCGACGGCGACAGCAGCAGCGACAGCGACGGCGCGACAUCGCGCGUUCUCGUCCCGCACGAGUCGACCACCGCCAGCGUCGGGUCGUCCGGCGGGCCGCAGCAGCAGCCGUCGCUGUCGGCGACGUUCACCGUGCAGGACAAGGACUUGCUGGGUCUCCUCGCGAGCUGCUUGCGCAUGGCCAACCCGGCUCCGUUCGCGGGCAUGGCGCAGGGCAAGAGGGGCUUGCGCCUUCUCUUGCACAACCCGGCACCGCGCAAUCUCGGUUUGUCGGAGGAGGAUGCGCUGGGGCUGCUGGACUGGCAGCGCCAGACCCUACGACUCUCGGCCAGCAACGGCGCGUCGGCGGAGUUCGCUGCUGCCAUUCGGACGAUGCUCGACGUGUAUCUUUGCGAGGCACCGGACGAGGAGUCCAUCGAUGCCUCCGGCUUGUCGGUCGAGUGGAAGGGCACUCGCUUCACCCUCCGGCUGGACGACGAGAAGCGGCCUCUGCCGUCCGCGCCGGGGGAGCGCGAGGCGCUGCGGGCAAGGCUUGAGGGUGCGCUCCAGGCGUGUCCUCAGAUUGCCGUGGACCUGAAGGUCACACUGAUCGAGGGGGGCUCGAUCCUCGUCCGCUGCCGCUGCCGCGCGUCCGAGAUCCCCGCGGCGAUCCUCGCGCUGUCGGGGGGCACCUUGUGCGAGUACCCGGUCGUCGCUUUCGACGACGGCACGCCGAGCCCGCGGGUCGACAACUACGAGUUCGACGUCCGCGCGCCGGUGCAGGCGCUGCAGGCGUUGCGAGCGCUCGUCGAGCCGGCCGGGGCGCUGCUUGGGCCGCUGCGAGCCGAGCUCCGGAACGUGGCCAGCACCGACGCGCUGCGGCAAGCGCUGGCGGCGGCGGUCCUCGAGCUGCGGAACGGGCGGGAGGAGAUGGUUGUAGAAGAGGCGCCGCCGCCGCCGUCGCGGGAGCCUCCGAGGGUGGACGCGGAGGAGGAGCGGCAGCUCGCGCAAGCCUUUGCGAUCUCCACGCAAGACGGCGAGGCGCCUCGAGCCGAGGCGCCGCCAGCGGCCGAGCCGGGUGGCAAGGGUCCAGUCAGCCUUCCUACGGCGGCGGAGAAGCCAGGCGCGCCCGUCGGCUCGUCGUCGCUUGACACCGGCGCCGUCGCUUCCGCGCUUCGCACAACGAAGGCGGAUGAGCCGUCGCCGUCGGCUUCCGCUGCCAAGAAGCCGAAGAUGGGCGGGAAGGAGAAGGAGGAGACUCGUCCCGAGGGGAAGGGGUCGGCGCCGCGCGGCGGCCGCCCGCCGCCGUAG